UCUCCCUUUCGACUACUCUUCUCCCGUGUCGAAGACGAAAUAUGCCCUGCGCUCUCUUCCGAACUACUUCGUCUCGUCGAAUUUGACCCCCUUUCGUCUUCUCCCAUCGCACAAUGGCCACCGCGGUCGCCAAUGGCCACGCCACCCCCUCCGCUGAUGUGGCCAAACAACGGAGACAGAUCCACCACCACGCCGACGUCGUCAUCGUGGGCGCCGGGAUUCUCGGAUGCGCCCUCGCCGUGACACUGGGGAGACAAGGCCGGAGUGUGCUGCUGCUGGAGAACUCGUUAAAGGAGCCCGAUCGCAUCGUGGGCGAACUGCUGCAACCCGGUGGUGUCCAGGCCCUGGAGCAGCUGGGUCUCGCCGACUGUCUGGAGGAGAUCGACGCGAUCCCCGUGGAGGGGUACUACAUCACAUACCACGGCCAGCCGGUGGAGAUCCCGUACUCGGAGGCCUCGCCGACGACGCCGCCGCCCCGGGGCCGCUCCUUCCACCACGGCCGGUUCGUGAUGAAGCUGCGCGGCGCGGCGCUGGCGUGCCCCAACGUUACGGUGGUCGAGACCAAGGCCACGGAGCUGGUCACUUGCUCGCACACCAAGCAGGUUCUGGGUGUCGAGUGCGUGACCAAGGACGGCCAGGCGGACUGCUACUUCGGCCACCUCACCGUCGUGGCGGACGGCUACGCCUCCAAGUUCCGCAAGCAACACCACGCCCGCACCCCCGAGGUGCGCUCGCGCUUCUGGGGGCUGGAGCUGAUCGACGCCGUCAUGCCUAAACCCUACUACGGCCAUGUGCUGCUCAGCAACGACGCCCCGAUCCUCAUCUACCAGAUCGGCACCCACGAGACCCGCAUCCUGAUCGAUAUCCCCGAGAAUCUGCCGUCGGCCUCCGUCAAGAACGGCGGCGUCAAGGCCCACAUGCGCAAUGUCGUCCUCCCUUCGUUGCCGGAAUCCGUGCGCCCUUCCUUCGAGGCUGCCCUCGAAAAGGGCCCGCUGCGCUCCAUGCCCAACUCCUAUCUGCCCAGUGCGCGCAACCAGACCCCCGGGCUGGUCAUCCUGGGCGACGCCCUCAACAUGCGGCACCCACUGACCGGCGGCGGCAUGACCGUCGCGUUCAACGAUGUUGUCGUGCUGCGCGACCUGCUGAGCCCCGAGAAGGUGCACAGCUUCAGCGACACUGAGAAGGUCAUCCGCCAGCUGUCGUCGUUCCACUGGCAGCGCAAGAACGGAUCCUCGGUCAUCAAUAUCCUUGCCAUGGCGUUGUACAGUCUUUUUGCUGCGGACGAUGAACACCUCCGCGCUCUCCAACGCGGCUGCUUCCGCUACUUCCAACUGGGCAUGACGUCCGGCCCCGUGGGCCUGCUGGCGGGCAUGACCAAGAAACCAGCCGUGCUGUUCGGCCACUUCUUCUCCGUGGCCUUCCUGUCGCUGUGGCUGCUGAUCGCCGAAUCACCGCUGUACAAACUGCCGUUGGUGCUGUGGCAAUGUGUCAUGGUGUUCUGGACGGCGUGCGUGGUGAUCUUCCCGUACAUGCUGAUCGAAGCUUUUUGCUGAUGCUGAUGCUGAUGCUUAUGUGGAUAUCCCCUUUGCCUUUUUUGCCUCUUGUAUAAUACUGACAUCAGUGUCAUUGAGUUAACUAUAUUAAUACCUUCUUCUUUCAUGAUGUUGGUUGGUUUUGGUUGGGUACCUAGUAUAUAUACGUGCUAUGUUUUGUGUGUGUGUGUGUGUGUGUGUGUGUGUGUCGGAUAGAAUUAAUAGGAUAACGUGCAUUU